UUCAGCACCGCGGAGCUGCGGACAGCGCCUUCCACCCGCCCUAGCUGCAGCCCCCAAGACGCCGCAAGCGCGGAAAGGGUGCCAAGGGCCAUGGAGGGCGCGGCUGGCUCCCAGGCGCUGGCCCAGGCGACUGCCAGCCAGAGGGCAGAGGCAAAGCUCCCAGAAAAAGGGUCCUGCUCCUCCAGAGAAAAAGCAAACCCAGAGCUUGGUCAAGCCUGUCUUAAUGUACCAGAGAUCAGGAAGGCCGAGUCAAGCCCCAGCGGAACUUCCUGGGGAAGGAGAUGCCCAGUCCAUCACUGUCUACUCAAUGCUUCUCCCAGCACAGUGAGGUACCACCAGCCCGGUUCCAGUCAUAAGCUUGCACCCAUCUCCACUCGGUCCAAUGGCCAGGUGCCAUCUGGCUCUCAGGACUCCUUCCAGCCUCACCUGUAUUAUCAUUGCAACCACCAAGAAGCCACCAGAAACAGCUAUGCCUUGCCCCCUCUGCCAGGACACGGGGACCGAGCUACUCUGUGCUCCUAUCGCUCCAGCGGGGAUUCAUUAUCAACUCCCAGACAUGAGACUACUGAGAGUAGAUGGAAGCAAUGGCCACAUGACCAGCAGCACGUACGGCCAGUGCAACACCAUGUUGUAACAGUCAGACAUGACAAAGUGUUCAGGAUGCCAAAGAGUUUAUCCCAAGUGAUUGCUGAGUGGCCAAUUGCUGUUUUAGUGUUCUGUUCGGUGACUGUGUUGAUCUGUACUUUGGUGGGCCUAUUACUAGGAAAUGUGCCAGAUUUUUCUGAGCCCUUGUUGGGUUUUGAACCACGAAACACAGAGAUUGGCAGAAAGCUCACAGUUUGGAAGAAUAUGAAAAGCCAAACAGGCUAUAAAAAGAUGCUUUCCCUUUCUCCCUUCAUUGACAACAGCUUUGGAGAUCUGGGCAUCAACAAAGGGCAGAGAUCUUUACAAGGAGAACGAGAAGCAAGAAUAAGGAGGAUGGUGGAGCCAGACUACGAAAAAGAUGGCUUCUUCUGUAGUCCUCCAGGGAAAAAUUAUUCUCAGCUGGUUUUCAUGUCUACAACUGCUGGUAGCUUAUGGAAUUUGCAAGCGAUACAAUCCAUGUGUCAAAUGGAGCAAAACAAGAUCCGUUCACACCCACAAUUUGGGAACCUGUGUCAACGUACUGAAGCCAAUGAAUGCUGCCCAAGCUGGUCUCUUGGGAACUAUAUUGCUGCUCUACAUAACCGAUCUUCUUGCUUCGACAUUACCCAGGUGGAUGUUUCCCACACCCUGACCCUCCUACGUUCUUGUGCUCCCGACUACCAUAAGGGCAUUCUUGUUCCUUCUUGCGUCGGUUUCAAGACUGAAAGAAACAAACAUGUGCAAUGUUCUAAACUCCCAGAGAAAUGCACUCGGUUCCACGCAGUUUACCAGCUCCUUCAUUUCUUAGUGGACAGAGACUUUCUCAGCCUGCAGACGGUGGGAUACCAAGUGCCAACACUGAAAUAUAGCCUGUUGUUUUUGCCAACCAUGAAGGGAGCUUCCAUGCUGGGAAUCUACCUAAAUAAUCUUGAGUCAGGGGACUUGUUUGAUAACUACACAUCCAUCAUUGGGAUGGACUUGGGCCUUAAACAGAAAUUAUUCCAGCACUACCUUUUCCUGGAUACCGUGUAUCCAAUCAUGGCAAUACUGGCAAUAUUUCUGAGCAUAUUUUGUUAUUUACACUCGGUCUUUAUCACUUUUGUUGUCAUAAUGAUUGUCUUUGGUACACUGAUGAUUUCGUAUUUCUUGUACAAAGUGGCCUUCCAAUUCUCCUAUUUCCCUUUUGCAAACCUAUCUGCAGUGAUCAUUCUCAGCAGUAUUUGUGCCAACCAUACCUUGGUCUUUUUUGACCUCUGGAAUCAUAGCAAGAGCCAGAACCCAUCUGCAGGUCUGUUGCAGUUGGUGAGAACGACCAUGCAUCAUUUUGGUUACCUCAUGAUGGCAUCUUGCCUGACAACUGGUGCUGCUUUCUACACAAGCUACAUGAGUUACAUUACUGCCAUACGCUGUUUUGCCAUCUACAUGGGCACUUCUGUCCUGGUGAACUUGAUAUUUAUGGUGACGUGGCUCCCUGCUUCAGUUGUACUGUAUGAACGAUUCAUAAUAGCAAGGAAGUGUGUUUAUAAAUCAGAACACUACUGGAAUAAUACUGGGCCCAAAAGGGUCAUUCUGUCUUUCCAUCAUCUCCUCCAGAGUAUCCAGACUACAUGGUGUGAAACUUCCAAAUUAUUAUUUGAGAAAGUUCUCCCUUGUGGGGUAAUCAAAUUCCGUUAUAUCUGGAUCUGUUGGUUUGCUGCCUUGGCUAUAGGUGGUGCCUAUAUUUCCUGCCUGAAUCCUCGACUGAGGCUCCCAACUUUGGAGUUGUCAUCUGUACAAGUGUUCAGAUUAAAUCACCCCUUUGAGAGAUAUGACGCAGAAUACUGUAAUGAGUUCAUGUUUGAAAGGUUAGAACGAGAAGACAUGCACAUGCCUAUCACUAUUAUAUGGGGUAUACUCCCAGUGGACAAUGGGGAUCACUUUAAUCCCAAGAGUAAUGGCACUCUGGUGAGGGACUCAGCCUUUACCAUUGAAAAUCCUGAAGCGCAAAGAUGGCUGCUGCAGUUUUGCCAAAAAGUCAAAAAUCAUACUUUUUAUUAUGCUGAUAUGGAACAAAAAUUCACAGUUUGUUUCAUGGAGGAAUUUCAACGGUGGAUGGAAAGCAGACAGUGCUCCAAGAGAGAUCACAGCUUCAACCUCUGCUGUAAUCACUUCUCCUUCCCGUAUGGUAGGGAAGUCUUCCUUCAUUGCAUCAAAAUGAUGAUCAUGGAACGCAACAGAGAAGAAGCUGAAGCUCGUGACUUUGGUCUCCGAUUCGAUGAGAAGGGCAAACUUGUUGCCCUGGUGCUAGAGUUUGAAACAAUUUAUUACUACAGCUCCAACUACAGCAAGGUAAAACAUUUUUACAAUGAGUUUGGCUUAUGGAUAAGACAAGAGAUAAAGGUAGCCCCCAUGGGGCUUCAAAAUGGUUGGUUCACCAGUAAAUUGGAGCUCUAUAAUCUCCAGCACAGCACUGACACAGAGACCAUGGUGGUGCUGGGAUUGUCAAUAGCCAUCUGUUUUGUGGUUCUCUUGCUCACAACUUGGAAUGUCCUCCUUACUGCAUUCUCUGUUAUCACAAUAGCAGGCACUGCUCUGGUAACCAUUGGACUUUUGGUUCUUCUGGAGUGGCAGCUGAAUGCUGUGGAGUCCCUCUUCAUUUCAGCAGCGGUGGGCCUCUCUAUCGACUUCACAGUGAACUACUGCAUUUCCUACCACUUGUGUUCGCAUUCCGAUCGCCUGAGCCGGGUCGCCUUCUCCCUGAAACAGAUGAGCUGUGCCACCAUCAUGGGAACUUCUGCUUUGUUUUCUGCAGGUGUGAUGAUGUUACCUGCUACUGUGCUAGCAUACAGGAAGUUAGGUAUUUUUAUGAUGAUGAUCAAAUGUAUCAGCUGUGGCUUUGCCACAUUCUUCUUUCAGUCUCUGUGCUGCUUCUUUGGUCCAAAUAAGAAUUGUGGACAAAUUCUUUGGCCAUGCAUCCAUAUUUUGAAGGACUACUCCGAGAGCCCUAACUCCUCCAACAGAACUUUCACUUGUGGAGGUAAUGAGAAACAGAACCGAUUAGCAAACGAUCAGGGUUCCAAUGGUGCAAAUGAACAGUAUGAACUUCAGCCUUUGGCCCGGAAGCUUAGUGACAGCUUUGACAACAGCACUUCCACAAGCAAAUUGUCCAAUCGCCCAUCGGUCUUGUCAGAAGAUAUUCAACUCCAGGACAACCGGUGCCCUAGAAUGGAGCUUCACUCAUCCUUUGAGAGAGACAGACAGAAGUUAGAGCAAACUGAGGGAUGCCAUAUAUCUCUUUGUCAGUGCCCUGCCUUGCAAACGUCUUCUCCUUACAAGCCUGGAAGUAACUCAGGAACAGAAGCAGAAAAUCAUCAAGAUGAGCUCUGCAGAGAGUGCAGAUGCCAAAAAUAUGAUCCAAAAGCCUGGGAACACUCCCAGUCAGCCAGCACAAUAGAUGACAGACUGCUAAAUAAAUCUCAUUAUCCAAGCAAUGCCAAUCGACAAAAAUCAGAUUAUACCUCAGAAAAUAGUAAUCUGCCAGAAGCUGAACUGUAUGAUCUUCACAGAUGCCUUUAUUCCACUGGUAGCUCUUUCAGUGUUCAGAAUGUCUCCAGUGAGACCUCUCUCAGUGAUUUUGAACCCAGCAUAAAAAUUGUGGAAUCAUCCAGCUCCUGUCCAGAUCAUUUGGAUGUAGUCGAUUCUUGCUGUUCCACUCAGAGAGGUUACCUGAAUGGAAAGAGAGACACCUUGAGGCUGGACCUGAGAGAGACUGUCUUUGAUACCUCUGCAUCAGCAUCCCAGCAAAACAGUGGCUUGAGAAGAACACGAUUAGGAGGAUUGGGAGGUGUGGAUCCAGUUGUUCUACCGAAUAGCAAACCUGACAUGCCUGAUGUUUGGAUUAAGCGGUCUGGGGUGCAAAACACUGGAUACUGAAGGGUGAAAAUCUCAAAGCAGAACAAUUGCUAUUUCAGGGGUAUGGAAAACAAAUGUUCGGAUCAAAUAGCAAAUAUGAAACCCUUCCUUUUUUCAGCAUGAAAACAAAGUGCAUUAUUGCAGAAGUGAAGAAAACACUUUUUAAAAAAUACUCAGCCAGCCAAUUUGAAGUAGAUCAGAAGCAAGUUUUAAUGCAGUGUCAGCUAAUCAACUGCCUACCCUUGUAGUCAGUGCCAUGAUGUUGAUUAUAUUCAGUUAUCCUUGUUAAAGACAGCCAGUUUUAUUUAGUGGUUAAGACAUCAAACUAGAAACUGGGAGACCAGGAGUUCUAGUCCUGCCUUAGGCAUAAAGCCAGCUGGGUGGUCUUGGGCCAGUCAGUUUCUCUCAGGAUGGAGGCAAUGGCAAACCAUCUGUGAAAAACCUUGCCAAGAAAACUGCAGGGACUUGUCUAGGGAGACUCUGACAAGCCAAUAUGAUUAAA